ACUGCGCCGACUCUCGAGGCAACGUCGUCUUCUUCUUUUUUUUUUCAUUUCAGUGUUCUCGCCGGAGCCUUCGCGCACCACCGUUGUUUGCAUCGCGUCGUAAUCUUUACGUUAGACACAUGAACUUUGUAAACAGUCUGCGAACGAUCCCCGCGGCCGGCACGCUCGCGUCUCAGUGAACCGCGCGCGCGGAUCCGUGUCGUUCUCGUUCCUGCGAGGUGCCCUUGGACCCGGCGAGUGGAGACGACACCCUGCUCGGCGACACCGCGUCCCAGCAUGGAGACGAAGAUGGAGCCGCUGACACCGCCGCACACGCCGCCCACGCUCGACAGAUCGAUGCAACAGCAGCAGCUGCCGAUCACGUCGCCCAGGUGGAUCAGGUCGUCCCAGCAACUGGCCGGAAGGUUCGUGCAACAGCAACCGGCCGGCAACGGCCAGAACGUCGGCUAUCAAGCCGCCUUCAUCGACAAUUGGCUGCGCGGGGCCGCGUUGCUGGCCGUAAGGGGUUGCUGCCCGCAGACCGCCGCCUCGCACCCUUAUCACCACCAUCAAGGCCACCAGGGUCUCCACCCUGCGCUUCCGAUACCAUCCCCGGCCGCCUAUCUAACCAGGAGGCUGCCCGGUCAGAGGCCCAAGAAACAGUUCAUCUGCAAAUUCUGCAACAGACAGUUCACCAAGAGCUACAAUCUCCUUAUACACGAGAGGACGCACACCGACGAACGACCUUAUUCCUGUGACAUCUGCGGAAAGGCGUUCCGGAGGCAGGACCAUCUGCGUGAUCAUCGGUACAUCCACAGUAAAGAGAAGCCGUUCAAAUGCAGCGAGUGCGGGAAAGGAUUCUGUCAGAGCAGAACUCUCGCGGUGCACAAGAUCCUGCACAUGGAGGAGUCGCCGCACAAGUGCCCGGUCUGCGCCAGAAGCUUCAACCAGAGGAGCAACCUGAAGACGCAUCUGCUGACGCACACGGACGUGCCGCAGGAUCUGAGGAUCGAGCCACCGGUUACAACCGAGCCAAGAAUCACCGCUUCCACAACUGUCAAACAGAUGGCGGAGAGGGUGAGCGGGAUGAUCCCGAUCCAGAGGCCUACCACCACUACUCCAAAGCUUGGUUUCAGUAUAGAAGACAUAAUGAGACGUUAAGGACGUUAUCUUCUAUCCGAUAGACUCUAUUCGUUCUAAGUAAUAUCGAAUCUGCCGUGCUGCGUUCGUAUCUCGGCCCCCUAAAUUGUUUGACGUGUUUCGAAAUUGCUUUCUACAAUUUCGUGCGAAAGACGAUGUUCAAACUUAAACGUUAAGAUUUACAGUUUAACCCUUUUUACACACGAAGUAUUUCCUCGGAUCAGCUUCUCGCGCGACACGAAGGCACCUUUACGUUUGCGUUCCCCCCUCUUACUAGCUGCGACAGUAGGAGGGGGAAUGCGAACGCGAUGGAGUCUUCUUGUCGCGCGAGGACUAUACCUGCGAUGUAUCUUUUCAUGGAACGGUACUAAGUAUAGGUUCGCGUAAAAUAUAAAGCGUAAAAUACAAAUGUCUAAGAUUGCUUUAAUAUGGAUCACCGAGAACAGACUUUUUAAUAUUUGAGCGUGUAAUAUUUGUCGGUAGGCUACGAGUGAAACGAAUACCUCGAAUAUCUAUUAUUAACCUUUUAGGCACGACGCGCCACUAUAGUGGCUUCCACGGAUGCCAUCUUUCAGAACGACACGCC